AUGGCGGAUCUGACGGACGCGGAGCUCCGCAAGGAGCUGCUGGCGCUUGGCUAUCGCCCGGGGCCCAUCACCGCCACCACCCGCAAGGUCUACAUCAAGAAGCUGGGCUGCCUGCGGGCCGAAGUGGCGGCGGCCCGGCGCAGCGGCCGCACCGCUCCGCCCAGCCCGGGCCGCUCCUCCGCAGGGCCGCCGCAGGCCUCGCCCUCGCGGCAGCGCUCCGGCUUCACCGCCGCGGCCGCCCGUGAGAGUGAGGAGGAGGACGAGGAGGAGGAAGAGGAGGAGGAAGUGGGGCGGCCGCCCGCGUCCCGCUGGGGGACGUCGGGGGAGAGCGGCGGGCAGUCCUGGGGGGACCCCCGGGGGUCCCCGCCGGGCCGGGCCGGAGGCAUCAGGGUUGAGGGCGGCGCCUCCCGGGAUAGCCUCGGGAGGCUGAGCCCUUCGGAGCAGUGGGGAACGACUGUGGAGAGAGGUGGCGGUGGGCUGGGGGCAUCCCUGGCCGGGCACGGGGGGUUCAGCUCCCCCUCGCAGUGGGACACGUCCAUAGAGAGGAGCGGGGGUCUGGGGGCGGAAAGGGCCGGGGCGCUGAGCUCUGCGUCCCACUGGGAGACAUCCAGAGAUGUCACAGAGCACGGCCGGGGGCUCAGCCAGGGGCUGGGGACCACCCUGGAUGGGUUUCGGGGCUCCUCAGUGCAGUGGGGCGCCUCAGAGAGGAGUGGGGGGCUCAGCAGUGGCCUGAGACCCACCCUGGACAGGUUCCGGGGCUCGAACUCCACGUCCCAGUGGAGCCCCUCGGCAGAGAGGAGUGGGGGGCUCGGCAGCCGGGCGGGCUCGGGGUUGGAUGGGCUUGGGGGGCUGAGCUCCACACCCUACUGGGGCUCCUCGGCGGGCUCCAAGCCCCUUCCCAGCGAGGAGAAAUCCAGGAGCCAUUGGGGGACAUCGGGAGGGGGAAUUGGCUCCUCGGCAGGUUCCAAACCCCUUCCCAGCGAGGAGAAACCCAGGAGCCAUUGGGGGACAUCGGGAGGGGGAAUUGGGGCGCAGAGCUCCCGCGCUGCCUGGGACACGGCGGGCGAGAGGAGGGGGCUCUCCUCCAACAGCUGGUGGAGACGGGAGAGCGAGGUGACCCCCAGCACCCAGUGGGGCUCCUCGGCGGCCCCAGGGAGGUUCAGCAGCCUGUUCAGGAGAGGGAAGGAGGACCUGGCUGCCAGCGUUGGCAAGGAGGCAGAGCGGGACGCGGGCAGCAGGGCUGGGGGGCUGAUCCGGCGCUUCCCGUGGCGGGCAGCCAGCGAUGGGGGGCACGGAGUGACCCCGCGGACAGCCCUGCUGCGCUCAGCGCCCCGGGCCCAGCCCGAGGGAAAGGGGAAAGGCCUGGAGUAUUACCUGUCCCAGUUCCUCUGCUUCGCCAGCUUGGUGCUGCUGCUGAUUUUUCUGGGCAUCCUCGUGGUGAAGAUGGCUGGGUCAGGCUGGCUGGACGGGAGAGAGGAGAGGUUUAAUCUCUUGCCUGUGGAUUGUGACAAAAGAACGGAUGAUUUCUGCCAGGCCAAGCACAAGGACGUGAUGAUGGCCAUGCUGCACGAGCUCUACAAUUACCUGUCCGUGCAGGCAGGUAAUUUUGAAUGUGGAAACCCUGAGAACCUAAAAAGCAAAUGCAUUUGGGUUAGUGAGGUGAAGGAUCAUGUGCUGAAUGUAACUGGCAGUUCCUCACAGAAGUUUGAAGCUGCCCUGCACUGGAUCCUGAACAGCAACAAGGAUUUGGGAAUUUGGUUGAAAGGCAGGGACCUGUCAGAGCCUGUUUCCAGCGUGGAGGAAGUGUUCUGCCUGGAAUCUGCCCAUCCCCAGAUGGGGCUGGGCUGCCGCUUCCGCCGGGCCGUGGUCACGGCCAUCAUGAACCUGUUCCUGUUCUUCUGGAGUCUGAUAACCCUUUGGGGCAUCCUGCUGUACCUCCGGUAUCGCUGGCGGAAGAUGGAGGAGGAGGAGCAAGCCAUGUAUGAGAUGGUGAAGAAGAUCAUAGCUGUUGUCCAGGACCACUACAAGGAAUGGGAGCGGAACUUGGAGCGUUACCCCUACGUCGGCAUCUUCCACGUGCGGGACAGCCUGAUCCCUCCUCAGAGCAGAAAAAAGAUGAAGCGGGUGUGGGAGAGAGCCGUGGAUUUCCUGGCUUCCAACGAGUCCCGGAUCCAGACAGAAUCGCACAGAGUGGCAGGGGAGGACAUGCUGGUGUGGAGAUGGACUCAGCCCUCGUACCUGUCGGAUUCUGAGCACUGAGGGCAGCAGGAGGAGCAGCAGGGUGGGACAUGGACCCUGUGCAGGCCUCAGGGCCCUCGCUGGUGGUGGGAGGAGCAGGGCCUGGCCCAGGCUCUGUUUGCUCUCGCUGCUGAAACUCUCCAAACAAACACGUUCAGGGCAAUACUGGCUUGGAAAGAAGAUGGGCUUGAGCUGGUGGGAAGCUGGGAUUGCACCAAAGCGAGCCUUCCACAGAGACCUGGCUCCCGUGGCAAACAACCUACAAAGAAUAACUGCACACCCCUCUCGAGGGUUGGGGGGCUCUGCCAGAGCCUGGGGGUGCAAAAUUUGACCUCAAUUCUGCAAAGGCCAACUGGUGGCAGAGUCCAUCAGGGAAUGUGCUGAAAGAGAACAUUUCCCAUGGAAACAUUAGGGUGGCAGUUGCAGGCGUGUCUUUGUUUGUUUUUAUCAGUGCAAAGACAAUGAGGAAGCACUUGCUGCUUCCCAGCAAGGAAAAUGUUUUGUGUUGGCUUCAUCCAUCCAAAAUUGGGAGAAGGGGAAUUGGGUGAAGGUGGGCUUGGAGAGAGGGGGGAGCCUGACGUGCCUUGGUGGUUUGGGCUGGGCUGGGGGUGGUGGAGGACAGUUUGUGAUCCUGUUACACUUUUAAGU